CAUUAACCACUUUCGGGCCACCCGCACGCAAUGUACUGCAGACGGGUGUCACCUACAGGGCCAUCAAUGUACUCCACCCGUGAUCCGGUGCCUGCUGUGUCCUCCGGACACAGUGGAACACCAAUUGUUGUAAGGGACCUCUGUGCUAGGUCCUGAUCAUGUGAUCACUAAUUGGCCAAUCAGUGAUCACAUGCAGAGUAGUAAGCAAGAUGUCACCUCUGACAUCAUUGCUUACUACCUGUGAAAUCUGUGAAUGAUCACAGAGGUCACAUGGUACAAGGC